AUGAUGAAUACACUCGCAUUACUAGUUGGUGUACUACUGUGCCUAACUGUAGCUAGCGGUAGGAGCUUCGAAGAAAAACUGGACUCCGAUUCAUUAACAUUAUCAGAUUUAGAACCUCAAGUGCCGAAAAGACACGGACAAGAAAUACGACACCGUAAAAGACGGUGGCAAACGAGCUACGGAUACGACUACCCAGCCCCAGGUCCUGCUUAUUAUCCAGAACGGAGGGACUAUGAUCGUCAAGACUUAUUGCCGAAAAUCGUAAAGUUACUUGAAGAGAUUUCAUAUAAUUUGAGACGGCCACAACCUCCACCACCUCCACAGCCGCCCAUCUACAUUCCAUACCCGGUACCUUACUACGUUCCUCAAUAUCUUCCAUGUGCACCCACCAGUGGAAAAAAGCCGAAUGUCACAAGCAGAUUUCCAGAUAUGGAAGAUACGAAUCAAAAUUGGGGAUUCGUCAUGAACCAAAAAGACAAUGUUCUACCGCCUGGCAAUGGCGCGAGACCAAUCUCUUUUGAUCCGAUUCGACCACCACAAGCGAUGCUGCGACCGACACCAGACGUGGAACAUGGCAGCGAACAAACAGACAACCAACAUACGACUCAGGCGCCCAGGUUCGAGCAUAAUUCUGAUUCCAGCGGAAUGUUAGGACGGGCUCCAGACAUGUGUAAUGCCGCUAUACUUUCAUGCUGUACAGGUGACCAACAAUCACAGAGGGAGUGUUUCAGAAACUUCUCAUGUGGGAUCAUUUACGGAACUGACAAAAUUUGUAGCCCUGAAUCCAUUAACGAAGCAUUAGAAGCAUUCAAGGCAGCAUACUCUCCGGUAUCGUGA